AUGGAGGAGGGCUACCAAAACCGGACUGCCUUCAUAAAAGGCGCCAAAGACAUUGCCAAAGAAGUCAAGCGGCAAGCAUCUAAGAAGGUCGGCCGUUCAGUGGAUCGAGUGAGCGAUGAGUACAGCAAGCGCUCCUACAACAAGUUUGAAGAGGAUGAUGAUGAUUACCCCCCGCAGGGAAGCCAGGACGGAGGCUAUUACCGUGGAGACAGCCAGGCGGCCAACGACGAUGAGGGAGGCCACAGUGACUCCACAGAGGGUCACGAUGAAGAUGAUGAGAUCUACGAGGGCGAGUACCAAGGAAUUCCCCGGGCUGAAUCAGGCAAGGGCAGCCUGGCUGGAGGUCCGGGCUCGGUGAGGGCCGGCGCUCCGCAGUUCACAGAUAUCGGGGUGUCCGAGGCUGAGAGGAGGAAGGACCAGGAAGAGCUGGCUCAACAGUACGAGACCAUUUUACAAGAGUGUGGUCAUGGAAGGUUCCAGUGGAGCCUGUACUUUGUGCUGGGGCUGGCUCUCAUGGCAGACGGUGUUGAGAUCUUCGUGGUCGGGUUUGUCCUGCCAAGCGCUGAGAAGGACAUGUGCCUGUCUGAACCUAACAAAAGCAUGCUAGGCCUGAUUGUAUAUUUUGGGAUGAUGGUUGGGGCUUUCCUCUGGGGCGCUCUGGCUGACCGGAUAGGCCGCCGACAGUCUCUUCUCAUCUCUCUCUCCAUCAAUAGUAUCUUCUCCUUCUUCUCCUCCUUCGUCCAGGGCUACGGCACCUUUCUGUUUUGCAGACUCCUCUCAGGUCUACACAAACCGAUCCACAGCCGCACUCAGACGCCAAAUCUGCCACAGGAAGACGUUGACACCCCUGAGCCGCACAUUACUAAAAGGCAUUUUUUGGAAAGCCUGAACCUCACUUGUGCUGGACCGAGAGAAACGUCUGAGGACAAGAGCCUGGGCAGGCGAAUUCCAGAGCUGGAUCCCAUUUGUAGUUACCAAGCGUGGCAGUUGGCCACAAGGGGACGACUAGUGGAGGCCACGGAGAAAUGUCUGGGAUGGGAGGAGAGGCUCGCAGAUGCUGAGGUGGCAUAUGACACAGAAAAGGGUGAGUACGUACCGCUGAAGCAGGAGAAGAAGAGGAAGCCGAUAGACACCUCCAGCUCCCACAUGAAGAAGAUCAAGGGUGACGCAGUCCUCGAUCACUCAUCAAACAGCUCGGCUCACACUAAAGGUGGUGACAAGAGGAGUUCUCAGAAGGACCGCAUUUUGUUGAACGGACUUGGCCAUGCGUUUUAUGAGGCACUGCAGACUAAGAAAGUCAAAGAUGUUCACGUCCCACCCAGACACACCAACAGCAGCAGGAGUCACGACCAGGAGGACAAAAAAACAUACUUCUGCGAGCGCUGUGAUUUCCACACUGCCGACACCUCACUACUCAGGUCUCACCUGCACAGGCAGCACCAGGACUGCCUGGGUCCCCACAGCAAACACAGCACCAGUCUGGACAACAGCAACCAGAGUGGUUCCAAAGCCUCUCGAUACAUGGACUACCUCAGAAACAGGAGUAUGUUGCUCAGUCAGCCAUACUGGAAUCCUUACACAUGUCCUCCCGGCCCGGGUUUAGCAGAAUCCAACAUUAAAACAGAGAAGUCAAAUGGUACGGAGGUCAAAGGGCAGGGACCGACUACUAAUGAUGCUGGAAGUCUUCUUAAUCUGUCCUCAUUACCCAUAAGUGAAGGAGAUGGCACCGUGAAUGAUCCAAUAAAGACAGAGGGUCUGGUGAGACAUCAGUGCCCGUACUGCUCCCACACUAGCAACUACCCAGAAGUACUGUGGAUCCACCAGCGAGUUGCACACAGGGUGGAUGGCGGCAGCACCAUGGCACCAAAGUGGGCACCCUGCACUAGCAGCCACAAGAGUCUGAAGGCAGGUGCUAACCAGUGGAGACGCACAGGGCCUGCACCAUUCCUCGAAGGCAAGGACUGCCCUGCUUUACCUGCUCCAAGAACUCAGCGCACACAGCCUCCAGGUUUGACGACCAGCAGCAGCAGCAGCAGCAGUAAGCGCUCAGCUCCCAAGACCCAAUCAGGCGUCCCAAAGUCCAAGCAUCUGUCUAAGGACUCGCGCUCUUCAGAUGGGACUAAGUCUAGUGGGAUGACGGGACCCCUACCUCAAAAGAAGUCUGGUGAACAUAACCGGGCAGAGAAGGGGGGAAGCAAAAGCUCCAGUGCCCGAGCUUCUUCAUCAAGCAGCCUUUUGCACAGCAAGAGCUCCCCUAGUUUCCAGUCUACAAACAGCCCCAAACACAAAAGCCACCGAGCUGCAGUGGAAGGAAACUUCCCACAGGAGGGUUUGGGUUUCAUGUUGGCCAAUAAUCACGGCGGGACUUCAUCUAACGUUUCUGCAGACAGUACCCAUCCCCGAAGGCAGUCAUGUGACUCCUCUUCAGGUCCCAAGGGUCCUGAUCUGUGGGCUGCCAUGAACAUGUGGGGUCACAAAGCCUAUUUAGAGCCAGUCCGUUUCGCUCAGGUAAAGAAUGAAUCAGCAGGAGAAAUGCCAAUGGACAUUGAUAUUUUGAGUCUCCUGAAAAACUACAGUCCCCAUGAUCUGGCUGCUCUGUACCAGCACUGGGGGUUUGUUGAUCCCAGGAUUGAUCCACAAGCAAUGUUGCAGUUAAAUGGACAUUUUGGCAAAGAAGUCCACUCCACCUCUGAAGCUCCCAAACAAGUCAACAGCCGCUCCACUUCCUCCUCAGGGUCUCUUCAUAAAGGAACGUGAAGUUACAUCACGUUCCUGUGACAUCGCGUUCCUGUGACAUCGUGUUCCUGUUUGCUUCCGGCCUGAUCGUGCAGAACAAAGAGACCCGCUGCUGUUCUUUAAAGGAACCAGCCAUAACUUCUGAAAGGACUGAGGCACCGGAUAAUGCAGAAUAUAUAUGCAAUGC